GCGCAUUUCAACAUGGCGGCGAUUGAGUCUCGGGUUUUGGAAGUCGACAACAGCCAGAAAGAACCAAUAAAACCUGUAGACAGAGAAAAGACAUGCCCUCUUUUGCUGAGAGUUUUCUGUAGUCAUAAUAACCAUCAUAGACUAGGAGAAUAUGCUAGGGGGAAUGUGCCUGCAAAUGAAUUACAGAUAUAUACAUGGCUGGAUGCCACUCUCAAGGAAUUGUCCAGUCUAGUAAAAGAAGUCAAUCCAGAUGCUAGACGGAAAGGCACGUUUUUUGAUUUUGCAAUUGUAUUCCCUGACUUCAGAAGACAAGGAUUCAGAAUCAGAGAAGUUGGAACCACAUGUUCUGGGAGAAAAGGUGCUGAUGAUGCUGUGACAUUGGGAAAUUCUCAAUUCAAAAUUGGUGAUUACUUGGAUAUCGCUAUUACCAUUCCAGGACGAGGCCCUCCACAAAAUAGAAGAGACAAUAGACCCUUUUAGUUUUUAAUUUCUGGUAGUUUUUUUUGGCAAAGCUAUUGGUGCAGUUUUGUAUGUAGUGAUGUUUUUUUAGCAUUUCCUGGAACAAGUAAAAGAUAUAAUCUGGGCUUCACUGUUGCAGUUUUCAUCAUGAGAACAUGAUCAGGUUUGGUUUAGUGUUCAUAAGUACAUUCAAAAAAUUCUGUAAAUGAAUAAUUGCUUUCUUUUGCAACCAACAAAUACUAUAAUCCAACGUUCUUGGAGCAGCAAAUACAUAACUUGUUACGAAGUAAUUUUUCACCCGGUGUCAAAUUCUGUUGCAUCAUUUAUUCACUGUUUUAUUUUCACUGUUAAGUAAAAUCCACUAAAUUAAAUCUUUGUGAACAUAUAAAAUAACAACCAAAUUUACUGUUUCCUUGACAAAUUUGUGAAAUUAAAAACACAGUGAAUAUGCUCGAAACAUUAAAAUAGUUAUAUUAAAUGUCAGCAAAAAUAAAUGGUUUUACAGUAUUUGAGUUUUUUUAAAACAGUGCAGUGUGUAGCUCUCUAAGUUUUUGUUGCAGCAGUAAAGAUCACAUAGUUUCGACAUGUCAGAUGUGUAGUUUACGCUUUACUUUUAAUAAAGUUAAACUGAUUUCUUUCUUAUAAAUGGUAUGAUCUAUUUCAAAAUUCAUUUUAAUGAUGCAACAUGGCCCUAAUGAGGAAAAUGUAUACAUGUUGUGCACAUCAAGACACUACAUGUAUUUAGGAUUUUUAUUGUGAUGCCCGUCUUAACACAAAUAUGAGAAUAAAGUCGUUUGCUAGUGUUAUUGGA